AUGGACUUCAAUAACGACAAUAACCACUAUAAUGAAGUACAGAAGACAGAGGACCAUGACGCGUCGCCAACUGCCGUGGAACGCGUGGAAGUCGCCGACAUAUCGGAGUAUAAACCAAGAUUUGGACGACACGAAGCUCAUAAACGUCAAGAUACUAUGGGUGAAAUUGUUCAAAACUGUACUGAUACUAUGAAAUUUAAGUACAAUAUUGACAAUGAUUUUGUUGAUAGUCGAUUCAAAGAAUUGAUCCCACAUCCUGAAGUUGUUGGUGUAAUUCAGACUGAUAAGUAUGGAAAUUCUGUGAAGCGAGAUCUAAAAUUCCACCAUAGCACUUUAUGGUAA